AUGGAAACUGUAAACAAAACACGACAACCAAAGGAUAAGGCGUCGGAAAAAGUCUUAUAACUAAAACUAAAUCACCUGUUACAGAACAACCAGACCGUCUAAAAUAUAGCCUUUUGACUAAAUAAAUAUAUAUUUCUCAUGGAUAUGGGGAUGUAGCUGUUUGUAACUGUAACGGGAUAUUAUUAUCGGAGGCUCUGAGGGGUUGUUCAAUUUUCAGAGCUAGAUUUGCUCCUAUGAUAACCUACAACAGCAAGUGACUUUUUUUUCUUUCCUUAAACGGCUUUUUAAAAUUACCGAAUCUAAUCAAAAGGUCCGAUAUUUAAACUUUGUGGAAGAACACAUUUACUACACACAGUUAAGUUAAAAAAAAACAAAAAAAAAAAAAAAAAACUUUUGUGUCCCCUUUCUGUCGUAAUUUAUAAACUGCGUUGAGCACUGAUGCCUCAAGACGCUCCCGUGGGCGCGGACCCGCCCUCUUUUGUGAGGUCCAUAAACAGCCGAAUACCUUCCAACGUUAUAUUUUGCAACAGAAGUCCCCGUGUGGUCCGACCAGUCUGGAUCAAUUUCAUCGGGCAGCCGCAUCGCUACCAAGAUCUGCUUCCUGGGUCUGGGAGAAGGAUGACAACAUACGUGGGUCACCCCUGGAUGUUCAGAGAUGCAGCAACAGAUGAGAGGCUGCUUGUGAAUGGAAGAGAGUUGUUUCUCCCAAAGGCACAGGAAAAUGCUCCGCCCGUUAUGGUGAACAUCACAUUACCAGUAUACACACUAAAAGAGAGAUGCCUUCAAGUAGUGCGUCAUCUUGUGAGGCCGGAACACUACAGAAAUUUGGAGAUUGCAAGAUCACUACAUGAAGACCUGGAAGAUCAGCCAAGCAUUGUGAAAGACAUCCAGCGAAUAUCACGCAGAGUGGCCCAGCACUUGAUAGAGGAGAGGGAAGCGGAGCUGCAAUAGACACUGAACCUCUGCACCAAUGCCUAUACAUCAGAAAUACACCAGAGCCCUACAACUAUGCAGACAUUAAGAAACUACCUAUACAAAUCCAAACAGGCUUUUCAAAUACCACAUCGGCACACCUGAGCGUCAGUCUUCAGAAGAGAGACAGACUCAAGGUGGUUAACAUGAAGGGCAGAGUAUUAACGUCUUAGAUUAGAAGUGUGUCAGAUUGUUGCUACAUAAACAUACAUUGCCUCGUAUUUUAAAGUCGUUUUAGAUAACAGAAUACUUGUAUAAAUCAUGUGAACUUUCAUUCACUAUACAGGUCUCAAAUCUGCUGUUUUAAAAGACAAAUGCUAUUGCAAAUAUGUAUUUUCAUUAUCUUUUUUUUUUUCUGGUACUACAGAAGGCAAAAGAAUGUUCUCACUUUACAUACCUUGCCUGACCUAGGUCAUUUCACCCCAACAGUGUCUUUGGGGUCAAGCAUCUUACUGGCUGCUAAAUAUGUCAAUCAUUAGGGGAAGCAGCUGAUUCAUUACUAACAGGAAAGAAGGUCUUGACUGGUUGGGACAAUUUCACUGUCCAGGUAAAAUGACCAUGAAAGUACAUUUGAGACCUAUAAAGAGAACGGAUGAUUUUUUGUUUUGUAGCUUCAUUCACUUUAAGUAUUGCUUUAGUUGGGCUAUUCAUUAAUGUUAUCUACCUUUCUCUCCCAUGAUUAGAAAUCAUGUUCUCAAAUAAAAACUAAACACACACUACAUAGGUGAUGCCAUUAUCCACCUUUAAACCCGUUUUUUAUAAACCACUUUAAUAUUGGUCAUUACAAAAAGUGGGGCCCAUUAACUGUGUUAAGUGAAAGCACUUCAGUAUCAAAAGAGAAUCUUUAGGAGGAAUAUGUGGUUUAAAAGUCUUUUAUGUUUUAAUGUAUGGGCUUGGUGUAUUAUACUUUACUCUAUAGCUGUAGAUAAUCAGAAAGCUUUGUUUAUGAUGUUAUAUGAAAGACAACAGCUGUUCUAUAGUAUACUCCUACGUUUUAUCCUACUGACCAGAGCAAUGAGGAUUACGCAGACAGUUUGUAAGUACCGUAUACAAUGUGUAUGAAUGUAGCAGUGUAGCGUUAGUAAACUGGUUUAGACCAGGUCUCCCCAGUGAAAUAGAUACAGGAGUUUAAACUCUGUUUGUUUGACCCUUUUUGCAACUGCAGAGCCUCUGUUGUAGUAAAUACAUAGUGAAGCUGUGUUAUUAUUAGACACUGUUCUAACUGAAGGCAGUGCUGGGAGUACAGUCUGAAGGGGGAAGGAACACAGUAUACCUACAAUCAUGUUUUCUAACUGUGAAAACCCAUUGGCUUUGUGCACUCGAUAAAUAUAUAAAUACGUUGUAAACGAAUAUCCCUGCUGAUUACUGUCCCCUCUGUGCCAGGU